AUGCUUACGAUGUUUGAUUGUGAUUCUUCGAAAGAAGUCGAAGCCAUUGUCAAAAAACUCUUCAAUGUCGGAGAAUGCAAGGACGUCGAGUUUCUAUCUGCGUUUCUAGACGAGGCGGCGGCAAACAGCGAGGUUGAGAAGGAAAAGUGUUGCAUAUGCCUUGAGGAUGUCGAGGAGUCCAGGGCCCUACUCGGGUGUGGCCAUACCUUCCAUUUGGACUGUAUUUACGCAUGGCUGGAUAUGAAAGGGAUAUGCCCGAGUUGUAGAAAAGCAGUAAGGUAA